CGAGGCCAGCCUGAGGCAAAAUGAGAAAAGAGCGCCAGGAAACCGAGCGCCGGAGCAAAUCUGGCACUGCGUUAGACAGCCCCGAUUCGGCUGCAGCGCGCAGGCACGUGUGUGGCCGCCUAAGGGGCGGGUCCUUUGGCCAGGAGACCCAGUCGGCCACGCUCGGCUCUUCCUUUCCGAUCCGCCAUCGUGGGUGGAGCCGCCGCCACGAUGCAGAUUUUUGUGAAGACCCUUACGGGGAAGACCAUCACGCUCGAGGUUGAACCCUCGGACACUAUAGAAAAUGUAAAGGCCAAGAUCCAGGAUAAGGAAGGAAUUCCUCCUGAUCAGCAGAGGUUGAUCUUUGCUGGUAAGCAGCUGGAAGAUGGCCGUACUUUGUCUGACUACAACAUUCAAAAGGAGUCCACCCUUCAUCUUGUGUUGAGACUUCGUGGUGGUGCUAAGAAAAGGAAGAAGAAGUCUUACACCACUCCCAAGAAGAAUAAGCAUAAGAGGAAGAAGGUUAAGUUGGCUGUGCUGAAAUACUAUAAGGUGGAUGAAAAUGGCAAAAUUAGCCGACUUCGUCGAGAGUGUCCUUCUGAUGAAUGUGGUGCUGGAGUUUUUAUGGGUAGCCACUUUGACAGGCAUUACUGUGGCAAGUGUUGUCUGACUUACUGCUUCAACAAACCAGAAGACAAGUAGUUGCGUAUGAGUUAAUAAAAAGAAGGAACUCAUGUUUAG